AUGUUUCCAUGCUUAAGUAUCGAGCAAGUUCGAUUUUUGCUUAGAGAAGCAAAUGGAAAUAUGGUUGAUGCAGUUGAAAUGGCAUUUGAAUUAUUGAAUGAUACAUCGAGCACAUCAAAUUCUUUGCUUCUGAAACAAUCCAUGAUCGGAGAUUACGGAUUGGCAGCUACAGGCGAUCAGUUAAUAACAGCGUCAUUAUUAUCGUCAUCUUCAGAACCAAUCCGAAAUGAAAUAAUAAAUGAAAGCUGCCGAAAUGGGAAGCAUUCGAUGGCAGUGGAACGAAAGGUUAUUACUGUGAAAUUAAAGCUUAUGAUCUCAGUAGAAGGCGUUCCGAAGAAACAAAUCAAAUACAUCCUCAAAAAUAUUCUGCAACAUUGUAACUGUUCAAUUCGAUCUUUCAACAAAUUAAUGCCAUGUCUGCAAGCAGCUUACGAAGAAAAAUGUGUCGAAGUUCACGUUGAAGUUGAACUCUCUUGUGAUAAAAGAUCAAAUCAAGAGGCAUUAAUUGAUUUCACAAAAUCAUUCAUUACAGAGUCUGGGUAUGGUCUUGAAAUGCAACCUUAUAUGGAAAUAUUGCAUAUUGAUCGAGUGUUAACCGACGUACGACCUGAUCAUGCAAAUGUGGACAUACUUUGGCUUGGAAUUGGGAAUAUGCCAAAUAUGGGCCUAUUUUUUAUCCGUGGAGAAUAUGUAACUAAGUAUAACACAUGUAGUAACAAAUUAAUCGUCAAUUCGGUAUGUGAAACAAAAAUGAAUAAUGCUGCCGGUAAUCAUACGCUAUUAUCGUGGGCACAUUUUGAACACGAUCGACGAUUGUUAACUAUUUAUUUUGCUAUCGAGAGUGUUACCCAUGCUCAUGACGGGUUAUCAUAUACAGGCUAUAAGUUUGUUAUCACAUAUAGUUCAUUCUAUAUGAUUAUCGUUGAUUGUGAUUCGGAUCCAGAUGAAAGAGAUAACUAUGUUUAUAUUUAUUUACGACAUCCGCCACAGUUAUGGGAAGCGGUGCCGCGAAUUAUGACAAACGGAAAGAGAGUCUUGAAUAUUGAGCAAUGUCGUGAUUGGAUACGUGUGGGAAGUUUCCCGGGAAGUAAACAUUUCGCCGGUUGUUCUCAGGAGGCUUUGGCUGAUUCAUCAUGGUUCAGCUUUUCGAUGUCGAAAGAAACAGUGAAGCCCGAAAGAAUGUUCCCGGAUGAAGUAGUUGACUGGCAAAGACGCUCAUCAAGUGUAAAAUUGACUCCAACACGUCAGCUUUUUGAAAUCAUCGCACGUUGGAAACGUCGGGCCAAGUGUCGAAUAUUUUUUGCAGCAAUUAUGAAAAUUCCUCGACGAGAAAUUUCGAAUAUUCACAUCCUAGAAUUGCCGUCAUUUAGAUUAAAUUAUGCAAUGCAAGCAUUGUUAAGUAGAGGAAGUAUUGUGAAAGAUCAACUUUUUGACGUUUCGCAAUCCUCCUGCAAUAAUCUCUUUUUCGAACGGAUUAAUUACGCUGCUCAGGAAUGCUUGUUAGCUUGUGAAGAGACCUUGGAUUCUGCUUUGGCAGCUAUAGAUGAAAAGCGACGCAUCUCAUUACUUAAUUUUUUCGAACAUGCAUAUAUUCAUAAAUUAAAUGCUUUUCGAAGAGUAUCAGCUGAUGGUGACGCUGAAUCAGUAUCGGAUCUACCACAUAAUUGUGUCUUAAUUCGAAAAGUUAUUGCAACUCCAUUGCGACUUUUGCUUUUGCCACCGGAAGUUAUGAUGACGAAUCGUGUAAUACGUCAUUUUGGUGAAGAAUACGCAUUACGUUGUGUAUUUCGUGAUGAUAAUGGUCAACGACUUGUACCAAAAGAAUUUUCACGAGGCCGCGCUUUACAAGAUCAAUCCUUAAUAAUUCCGGAUUUGGUAUAUAGAACACUUGGAACAGGUCUACAUAUAGCAUCACGGCAUUAUCAGUUUCUUGCAUGGUCUAAUUCACAAAUGCGUGACGGCGGUUGCUAUAUGUAUUCGGAUGCCAUUGUUAACGAUGAAGUACACGGUCAAAUGGUAUGUAAUGUUGAAGAUAUCAGACGUUGGAUGGGUGAUUUUACAGCUUCAAAAAGUGUCCCCAAAUUGAUGUCUCGUAUGGGACAGUGCUUUACACAAGCACAGCCAACAAUAAUGUUAAAAAAAGAUGACUGGAAAUUGGAAGAUGAUAUCAUGGGUGGUAUCGUGCAUCCAGAAACUGGUGAAGUUUUUAAUUUCUCGGAUGGUGUCGGAAGAAUUUCUAGGAAAUAUGCUGAUCGAAUUGCUAAAGUGCUGGGUUUACAUCCGACACCAUCCUGUUACCAAGUGCGAUUUAAAGGUUUCAAAGGUGUCCUAUGCAUUGACCCGUUGUUGGAUGAAUUGGGCGAAGCAGAUGUUAUCUUCCGGAAAAGCCAAAAAAAAUUUGAGGAAGAUGAGGAAAGUGCAGCUGAAAUAGAAGUGGUGAAGUAUUCAAUGCCUUCACCAGUUUGCUUAAAUCGACCAUUGAUCAUGAUUUUAGAUCAAGUUUCUGAGAAGCAAGGUCGUUAUUUACAUAAAAGAGUUUGCAAUCGGAUACAUUCGCUGUUAGAGUUGGAGCUUAAUAAACUAGCCGCUAUGAUGUUUGAUGAAAAUGAUGCUACCGAAGAGCUCACUUCACGUUUGUCACUUCCAAUUGAUUUCCAUCAAUUACACAGUAGUGGUAUUACAUUUACCAACGAACCUUUCUUUCGUUCAUUACUAAUUGCCGUACAUAGAUACAACAUAAAAUUACAUUUGAGCAAAUCCAAAAUUCCUUUACCCGGUUCAAUGGGUCGAACAAUGUACGGAGUGGUUGAUGAUACUGGAUUACUCCAAUAUGGGCAAGUUUUUAUACAAUAUUCGCCAUCUGUACGAUAUGUUUCGAAGAAGAAAAUUGUUUAUGCAGGCUCGGUAAUGGUAACAAAGAAUCCGUGCCAUGUAGCGGGUGAUGUUCGCAUUUUCGAAGCAGUUUAUCAAGAUGCUCUAUCACACCUUUGUGAUGUUAUUGUAUUUCCACGAUACGGUCCACGCCCACAUUCUGAUGAAAUGGCUGGAAGUGAUUUGGAUGGUGAUGAAUAUAUUGUUAUAUUCGAUAAAGAAUUGUUUUUUGAAAAUAAUGAACAGGCAAUGUUUUUUCCAAAAUCGACACCAACUGAAUAUGAUACACCACCUACUACGGAAGAUAUGAUAGAUUUUUUUCUGAAAUAUCUCAGCCAAGAUUCGAUUGGUCGGAUGUCCAAUGCUCAUCUGAUCAUGUGCGAUCGACUUGGUCUUUUCCAUGAAAUAUGUGAUGACAUUGCCCGGAAAUGUGCUAUUGCUGUAGAUUUUCCGAAAACAGGUGUACAAGCCAAACCGCUAAUAGCACAUGAACAAUGCGAUGCUAUACCCGAUUAUAUGCAAAACAUGAUAAAGCCAUCGUACAGAAGCAAGCGAUUGCUUGGUGAAUUGUACAGAAAAUCACGAAAAGUUGAAGAUAUUUCGGAAAUGGCACAAGAAGCAAAAUUUGCUGACUAUUAUGACCCUCAACUUUAUGAUGAAAGCUUAUUUCAUGAACAAUCGAAAUUAGUCCAAAAAAGUUUAUAUUUGAGGAAUGAAUACUAUUCGAGAAUACAGCAAUUGUUGGAUGAAUAUGGAAUUUCUGACGAAGCUUCUGUAAUAACGGGGCAUAGCGUGGCAAUCAAAAGGAUUAUUGAAAUGGAAAAAGAUGAUUAUUCGUUUUAUCAUUCCGAUAAAAUUGUCGAACUACGAUACAGUCGUAUUUUUGCACAUUUUAGGCGUGAAUUUUUCAAGGAAUUCGGAAAAGAGUCAGACUUCUUUACGGUAGAUGCUUUCGGAAAACGUGGGAUACGCUGGAAUAUGGCUUUGAUAACGAAAGCUAAGGUAUGGUAUGCGGUAGCGUAUUCCAGCUCAUUCAGAUCAUCUUCUGAAUUUCGAUCUUUCCCAUGGAUCGUUUGGGACAUUUUGCUGAUUGCCAAACGUCAAAUCGCACUAAUGCUGAAAUCACCACCACCGUUGAUAAACCCUUUAGCAAUUCAUCUUACACGAGCAAUUGAAAAUUUUUGCUGUUGUCAUCGUGCUGCACUAAAACAGUUUGUUAAUGAGAUGUCAUUAGGGCCGAUGCGACUUGAAGCAUUUGUGCGAUAUUCUCAGAGAUACGGGUCAAAUGUUGAAAUGCUGUGUUUUGUCAUUGAUAAUUGGCUGAGAACAGAAGGAGUAUAUGAACGUUCUGCAUUGCGAAGGAUACAUGCUGUCAUUUUAUUUUUGCAAUUUACUAUUGGAAUCUUACAUGGUAAACGGAAAUCUGACGAGUUGAUGAACAAGCAUCCUAUUUAUUUUGAAAAGUUGGACGAUUUACAAGAUAAUCCGGAAACUGUUGACUUAGCGUACAGUACUGGUGAAAUACUCUUCGCAUUUUUGCGUUACUUAGCAAGCGGACAAUUUGCUUAUGCGAAUUUUAUACGUUUUCGAUUGGGUGGCAUGAUGAAAGGAAAGAAGGGUGCUUCAAUUUUCACGAGACCAGAACAAUGGUCUGCUCUUUACGCUGUAGCAUUUCGUGCAUUCCAUCAUAUUGCUAUAACGGCCGAAUUUGAUGCUCUUCGAAUUACGAAAGAUUGUGGUAGUAAUAUUAACUGUGAUAGUAAUGGUGAUGUUAAGAGAUGUAAGUGGGACUUUGGUGAAUCAGAUGCUCCAGUAAUCGUAUCGGGUGAACUUUGCUGUCAUAAAGACAUUAGUUUGCAACGAAUUAAUACUGCACUUAAGAAAUGGUCUGGUGUAGAUGAAAUAAUGAGUCGUAUGACGAAUCAUGAACAAUUGUUAGUUACCUGUACCGGAAGUGCAGUGGCUCGACAGCGAUUACAUCGAAUAUUAUUAAUGGAACUGGAACGUCUUUUUGACGCUGUACAAACAGAUAUCACACCAAAGGAAGCUCGAGAUGAUUUCUUGUAA